AUGACGGCAUCAUGCAAAGCCUCCUGUGGAGUAUGUACGCCCAACUACAAUAUCAGCGCUGAGUGUAGUGAUCGGUCAUCCACCUGUCCAACAACGGCUGCCGAAUGUCAGUCUCGAAAAGACUGGAUGAAAGAAAACUGCAGGCGAUCGUGUUCAUUCUGCGACCAAACACGGCAACAAGCCUGUACU